CUGACAUCACUGCCUAGCAGCUCGUGUAGCUGGCAAGUGGUUUGCUCUUAGGGUGACAGAGGAGGAAACUGCUCCCCGUCUGAUAAGACGACAGGGAAGAAAGGACGCAUGCUGUGUCACAGGAGUACGGCUGAUUCUCAGAUAUGACGAUGUAUGUGUGGCUAAGACUUCUGGCAUUUGGCUUUGCCCUUCUGGACAUAGGCAUGUCUGGGACAGCAGGGACCCUGUCUCUUUGGCCCAAGACUGUGUCCUCCUUUCAGUCUCCUGUAGAAGGUCAUGGUUCCUGUCGCUCCCCUCAGAGAAUGGAUGCUGUUGACAUCUGCAAGUUAAGCUAACACGUCUAACACUUCCAAGCCUGGAAUGGACGCAUCAGAAAAGCCCAGCACUUGGCCUCUAAGUGCUGCCUUACCUGCCCGCACCACCCCAUCCUCACCCGCAAGCAUCUCUGAACGAGGCAGUAACUCCUCAGAGACCACGCCACAUCUUGGGCAAGGCAGUGCAUCCACAGACGUGUCCCCCAGCUCUUUGGGUGUUACGCCAGCACCGACGUCGCCCCUUGCCACGCAUGCAUCGCAAGCACCCUCUGUCGGAUCUGACACUCAGACACCCAGCCUCAAGGCUUCUUUCUCUCCACCCACCCUGGCUCCGGGCACGAAUGAGACAUCAGGUGUCCCAGCAGAGGCGAUCCUAUCCAGCCCCCGCCCCCCGUCAGCAGCCACCCCCAGCUCUGCACACAGCAGCCCGGCUGCCUUACCUGCACGCACCUCCAGCACCAGCGCAGACAACUCCUCAGAUUCCAAUGGCUCUACAGCAACAACUGAUCAGACCUCCAUGCCCACAACAACAGUUCCCACUACAACUAAGCAAUCAUGUGGUGACAAGUAUGCAAAUAUUUCUGUGACUUACCAUUAUGACGAUGGCACUAGAUUAUUUAGUGCAGAACUAAAAGUUGCUGGCGAAGUAAAAAACUACACGUCCUCUGACCUAGCAGCGUGUAACAUUACCAAUGUUACUAUACUUGAUGACUCAUGCAGCCCUCCUGAAAAAAGUUUAGAAUUAUAUGUACCACCAGAUCCUGCAAGUUUUCAGUUACGUGACUGUGUACAGCCGGAAAAGGCAAAUACUUCCAUUUGUUUAACUUGGGAAGAAACCAAAACCAAUGAGUUUACUUGUGAUAAAAAGAAAUUUCGUUAUACAUUUAAAUGUGGUAAUAUUACUCAAAAUGAAGAGAAAUUUGAAUUAGAUGGCUUUAAACCCAAUGAAAAAUAUAAUUGUACUUCAGAAAUAGUCUAUAAUGGCUAUAAAGUUACUGAAAAAAAGAAAACUAUUAAAACAGAUUUUGGAACUCCAGACCAGCCUCAGAAUUUGACAUGCCUUGUUCAAAAUGAGAAUUUCACCGUGGUUACCUGGGAACGUCCUUCAAAUAUUUUCCAUAAUUAUAUUCUUUGUAGUAAUGCUUCAGGUCCACCAUACAAUCUGGAUGCGAGCAUGACCCAACAUAAUUUGUCAAAUCUGACUCCUUAUACAUAUUAUGAAGUAUCAUUACUUGCCUACGUCGAAGGGAAAGUGCGACGUAAUGGAUCUGCUGUCAAAUGCCAAUUUCAAACAAAUGCAGCACCGUCAGGCGUGGUCAAGAACUUAAAGGUUUUGCUGGUGUCGGAUAACAGUGUGAAUGUGACCUGUGAGCAGCCUGAGCACUUAAACGGCCCCAACACAGGCAGCUAUCAUUUGAAAGUCAAAACCGGGACCAAGCUUGAAGGACAAGACAAGAACAAAAGGUGCAAUUUCCAUGUAAAAGAUCUUUACUAUUCGACAUCAUACACGUUUGAGGUCUCUUAUAACAACGGGAAAUUUCCUGGAGUACAAGAGAGUGUUUCUCAAUCAACAAAUUAUAAUUCUAAAGCAUUGAUUAUAUUCCUGGUAUUUCUCAUCAUUGUGACAUCACUUGCUCUGCUCAUUGUUCUCUAUAAAAUCUAUGAUCUGCAUAAGAAAAGGUCCAGCAACUUAGAUGAACAACAGGAACUUGUUGACAGGAAUGACGAAAGGCAGCUGAUGAACGUGGAACCUAUCCUUGCUGACGGUUUGCUGGAAACUUACAAGAGGAAGAUAGCUGAUGAGGGAAGGCUCUUUCUGGCUGAAUUUCAGAGUAUUCCACGGGUGUUCAGCAAGUUUUCCAUCAAAGAGGCUCGAAAAUCUUUCAACUUGAAUAAAAACCGCUAUGUUGACAUUCUUCCCUAUGAUUAUAACCGCGUGGAGCUGUCUGAAAUCAACGGGGACGCGGGGUCAAACUACAUCAAUGCCAGCUACAUCGACGGUUUCAAAGAGCCCAGGAAGUACAUUGCUGCACAAGGUCCCAGGGAUGAGACUGUUGAUGACUUUUGGAGGAUGAUCUGGGAACAGAAAGCCACGGUUAUUGUCAUGGUCACUCGAUGUGAAGAAGGAAACAGGAACAAAUGUGCAGAGUAUUGGCCAUCGAUGGAAGAGCGCGCCCGGGAGUAUGGCGAUGUGAUGGUGAAGAUUCAUGAGUAUAAAAGAUGCCCAGAUUAUAUCAUUCAGAAGUUCAACAUCACAAAUAAAAGAGAAAAGGCAACUGGGAGAGAGGUGACCCAAAUUCAGUUCACCAGCUGGCCGGACCAUGGGGUUCCCGAGGACCCUCACCUGCUCCUCAAGCUGCGCCGGAGAGUGAACGCCUUCAGCAACUUCUUCAGCGGCCCCAUCCUGGUGCACUGCAGCGCUGGGGUCGGACGCACGGGCACCUACAUUGGCAUUGACGCCAUGCUGGAAGGCCUGGAGGCCGAGGGCAAGGUGGAUGUCUAUGGCUACGUGGUCAAGCUCAGGCGGCAGAGGUGCCUGAUGGUUCAAGUAGAGGCCCAGUACAUCUUAAUCCAUCAGGCCUUGGUGGAAUACAACCAGUUUGGAGAAACAGAAAUGAGCUUGUCUGAAUUCCACUCGUGUCUGUCCAACAUGAAGAAAAGGGAUCCCCCCAGUGAGCCGUCGCCUCUGGAGGCCGAAUUCCAGAGACUCCCCUCAUAUAGGAGCUGGAGGACACAGCACAUUGGAAAUCAAGAAGAAAACAAACGUAAAAACAGGAAUUCUUCCAUCAUUCCAUAUGACUUUAACAGAGUGCCACUGAAGCAUGAGCUGGAAAUAAGCAAAGAAAGUGAACACGAUUCGGACGAAUCUUCCGAGGAUGACAGUGACACAGAGGAGAGCAGCAAAUACAUCAACGCAUCUUUCAUAAUGAGCUACUGGAAACCUGAAGUGAUGAUUGCCGCUCAAGGGCCACUAAAAGAGACCAUUGGUGACUUUUGGCAGAUGAUUUUCCAAAGGAAAGUCAAAGUCAUUGUUAUGCUGACAGAGCUGAAGAAUGGAGACCAGGAGGCCUGUGCUCAGUACUGGGGAGAAGGAAAACAGACGUAUGGAGACGUAGAAGUUGAUAUGCAAGAGACCAACAUUUCUCCAGCUUAUACCCUCCGUGUGUUCGAACUGAGACAUUCCAAGAGGAAAGAGCCCCGCACUGUGUACCAGUACCAGUACCACAACUGGAAGAAGGAGCAGCUUCCCACAGAGCCCGGAGAGCUAAUCUCCAUGAUUCAGGCUCUCAAACAAAAACUUCCCACGAGGAAUUCCGCCGAAGGAGGGAACAAGUAUCACAAGAGUGCUCCUCUCCUGGUUCACUGCAGAGAUGGCUCUCAGCAAGCAGGAAUGUUUUGUGCUUUGUUAAACCUCUUGGAAAGUGCGGAAACAGAAGAAGUGGUAGAUGUUUUCCAGGUAGUCAAGUCUCUACGCAAAGCCAGGCCGGGAAUGGUCUCCACAUUUGAGCAAUACCAGUUCCUGUACGACGUCAUCGCUAGCACCUACCCUGCCCAGAACGGACAAGUCAAGAAAAACACCAAACAAGAAGAUAAAGUUGAAUUUGAUAAUGAAGUGGACAAAGCAAAACAGGAUGCUAAUUGUGUGAGUCCAGUUGGUGCCUCAGAGAAGACCCAGGAAGGAAACAAGGCAGAGGAAGCGUCCAGUGGCCCCGAGGGGCCCGAACACUCUGCCAAUGGCCCAGCGAGUCCAGCUUUGACUCGAAGUGAAUAAGAAAAGACACAGACGGGGCGGCUCACAGCCGCCUAGGAAAUGUUAUUUCUAUUUUUCUAGAAGUAGGAGGGAAAAAUACAAAGUGGAUUCAUGAGUGCCCUUGGACCAAUAUUGGUGGGAAGCUUUCAUUUUACUGUAGAAAAUAUUUAAGACAGUUAUGCUACAAUGUUUUGUACAGUCUCCUGCUUAUUUUAAAAUUUUAUCUUAUCAGUCAGCAAUAAGGUACCUUCUUUGUAGUCUUUACAUGUGUAUGUGCGUGUGGUAGGGGUGAGAGAAGAUGUUUUCAAGUGUGCCCUGUUUUAAAAGAAAAAACUAUUUCUACUGGAAAUAUUAACUUAGUUUAAAGCAUCUAUUUUUUUUAAAUCAUAAAUUGUCUGUGCUCUGGGUAAGGAUAACAUGUACAUUUCUAGAAUGACCUCAAGAUGUCCUCCUUGUCCUCUUCAUAUAUCUCUCUCAUAGCUCAUUAUUUUACUUCUAGAAAUAGACAUAAAAGUGGUAUGUGUGUAGCGUUCCAAAAAGAAAGUUAACUAAAUUAACAUUUGGAAACCUUAUAUUCCAUCUGCUAGCAUUUAGUCCAGGUUCUUUUCAAGCUUAUUUAAUCUAAUUUAAAAAUUUCAAGCAAAACCUACCUUUUUAUCUUCAGAUGGUGUUUACAUUUUGCAACAAGGGUUAUUCUCUGAUACUUUGACCCAAAAUUAUGUUUGUUACAAUUGAACUUAAAUAAACUUCUUUAAAGAAAUGCAGUAUACAUUAAAUCCAUAAGAUAAAAAUAGAAUCAUGCAAAUGUAUUUGUGCUAAAUAUUUACAUAUGAAACCUAAUAUAGCUAUGUUUAUAGAAUAAAACAUUGACAUGAGGCAUAUACAUAUUCUCCAUAUUAAAGUUCAUCCUUGACUUUCA